AUGUAUGCUGUGUCUAUUAGUGAUGAAGGUGACUGUUACCGGUGUUUCCCGCCUGACCCAGGCAUUGAGACUGCUGCUCUAGGUACUGGUGAGGCUGCUGCUCUAGGUGCCAGUGAGGCUGCUGCUCUAGGUGCCAGUGCGUCUGCGUCCUUAGGUGCUGGUGAGUCUGCACUCGCGGGUACCGCGUCGGCUUCGGCCUCCCUCACCUUCACACUUGACUCAGGGGCUUCUCGCUCCUUCUUUCGAGACCGCACCACACUCACGCCGCUUGGUGGGCCGGUUGCAGUCUCCCUGGCAGACCCCUCUGGGGGUCCUGUCCUUUCUCACUUCUCCACUGUCCUCCCGUGUCCGGCGGCCCCCUCUGGCACCUUGUCUGGUCUUUACCUGCCCUCGUUCUCUACGAACUUGGUGAGUGGUGCUGACCUACAGGAUAUGGGGGUUCACCAAUUUACUCCUGCGAGUCAGCGGGUGACUCACUGCUCGGACGCUCGCACAGGCCGGCACCUGGCCACGUUUACGCGUCGGCCGGGGUCGAGCCUGUACACCCUGACCACUGAGUCUCCUCCUGUCCCUGCGUCUGGUCAGGUAGCUGCGUCGGGUCAGGUGUUUGCUGCAGCGUCCAGGUCUGGUUCUGAGUCUGCCCCCUACUCGUGUUGCCUCCUGUCUCACGAGACUCUCCUCUGGCACCACCGCCUUGAUCACCCCUCCCUGCCUCGUCUCCGAGGCAUGGCCUCCCGUGUCCUUGUCUCUGGUCUUCCCCGGUCCCUCCCUCCCCUUCCUCCGGGGCCUGGCCCCACUUGCGUCCUCUGUGUCGAGGGGCGGCUGCGGGCUGCCCCUCACUCCUCUCAGUUUCCCCCGACAGAGGCCCCGCUGCAGACGCUUCACAUGGACGUGUGGGGCCCGGCCCGCGUCCGUGGACAGGGUCACGAGCGCUACUUCCUGCUGGUGGUUGACGACUACUCGCGUUACACCACAGUCUUCCCCUUGCGCAGCAAGAGUGAUGUCACUGAGACCUUUACGCUUCCGGACUCUCCACAGCAAAAUGGGAUUGCUGAGUGCCGCAUUGGCAUGGUCAUAGAGGUCGCCCAUACGUCCAUGAUGCAUGCGGGUGCCCCCAAUUUUCUGUGGCCGUUUGCGGUUCGGUACGCGGCGCAUCAGAUCAACCUUCACCCCAGGGUCUCCAUGCCGGAGACCUCCCCAGCUUUGCUGUGGACGGGGAAGGUAGGCGAUGCGUCUGCAUUCCGUGUCUGGGGAUCUCGGGCGUUUGUCCGCGACUUGUCUGCGGACAAGCUGUCCCCUCGUGCUGCUCCUUGCGUCUUCCUUGGCUUCCCCCCUGACGCGCCAGGGUGGCAGUUCUACCACCCCACCUCUCGUCGUGUUCUGUCCUCCCAGGACGUCACGUUUGACGAGUCGGUCCCCUACUACCGCCUCAUCCACUACCGCACUCCGUCCCUCCCCCCGCCACCGCUCUUCCUUGUGCCAGUCGAGCCUGUCGAGGUUACUGGUGACUCUGGUGCUGCUGAGGGUGCUGAGCCUGGGGGUGCUGACUCUGGGGGUGCUGAGCGUGUGGGUGCUACGCCUGGGGGUGCUGAGCCUGAGGGUGCUACUACUGGGGGUGUUGAGUCUGGGGGUGCUGAGCCUGGGGGUGCUACGCCUGGGGGUGCUGGGCCUUGGGGUGCUACGCGUGGAGGUACUGAGCCUGGGGGUGCGGAGCCUGAGGGAGCUGGGCCUGCUGGUGCUGUGCCUGGCGGUUCUCCGGGUGCUUCGUCGUGCCGAGAGCCACUCUCUCCACAGGAGCUGCGUGAGUGGUUUGCCCGGCGCUAG